CGAUCUCACAUAGCACACAUCAUCAUGGAAGAAGAAGAGGAUGAUUUCUACGAUCAGAAUGGCGAUGUGCCGGUUAAGAACGAACAGCCGACAAACCAAGACGAUCCUAACGAACAACCGGAUAUCGACGUAGACGACGAGGAUGAGGACGACGAAGAUGAAGACAGUGAUAGCGACAUUGACAUCAUCACCGAGCACAAGGAAGGCGCUGUACCAGAGCCACCGCAAGCUCGUCCUUUCCGCGGCAUCAAGCCAGAAGCUCCUGCCCGAACUGAUUCUGUCGACAACGUUCCUACCCAACAAGCACAACAAACACCGACUCUCAAGACGGAAUCUUCGACUGCUCAGAACAAGAAGCUCGUAUCGCUGAAAGACGGCUCACAAUAUCCCGAAGUCCGCACAUCAUCGAUAGACGUCAAUGCCAUUCCUUCAUGGGACCCUGCUGGAAAGCUCAUCACCGAGGUCGACAUUGACGCUGAUCUCGCCGAACACACAAAGCCCUGGCGCUUACCAGGCACCGACCAGACCGAUUUCUUCAACUACGGCUUUGACGAGUUUACCUGGACCCAAUACUGUUUGCGACAGCAGAACAUGGCUUCUACCAUCAACAACCAAAAGGCCGAGACCAAGCAGUUCGAGAUGAUGUUGACUGGAGGUGGUAUGCCCGGUCAAGCUGCGCCUGCUGGUCCUCAAGCUGCUCCUCCUGGUGGUCCUAUGGGAAUGGGAAUGCCCGGGAUGGGUAUGCCUGGCAUGCCUGAUAUGAACCCCGAUAAUAUGGCCGCUUUUGCCAGCGUCCUACAAAGUCAGGGCAUCGAUCCUAGUCAGCUCGACUUCAACACCUUCAUGCAACACUAUCAGCAAGCAUCCAUGGGUGGAGGUCAGGGCGGCUAUGGUGGCCAGUCAAUGCAGCCACAGCAGUCAAAUCAAGGUUAUGGCGGUCAACAACAGCAAUCCUUCCAGCAGCAGGGUAAUCAAGGCUUCCGAGGAGGCACACCACAACCCGGCCAGCAAGGCCCACAAGCCCAGGGUCAAGGCUUUGACGGCUACAGCCAACAACAGAUUGCCAUGAUGCAGGGUCAAGGAGGCAUUCCAUCAGGCCCAUCAGGCGGCGGUGGUCGUGGACGUGGUAGAGGUCGCAGGUGGCAAUAGAGUUCAAACUACGACAAGCUGUAUGGACUGCAUGGAAAAAGGCGUUCUGGGGAUUGAUACCAAGACAUCAGGGCAUUGAUAAUGACAAUUGGCAGUGAAAGUACAUGAUGGGCAGACUAUCCAUUGGGUUUUCGAACCUCCAACAAUCGUUUCAAACAGUCUCAAAACAUCCAUCGAUGGUGAAAUGUUCCAGCAAGACGUCUCUGCCUCUUGGAUUUGUGUCGAGCUCUAAAUCGUGCUUUUCACGAGAUUCACGAAAGCAAACGAACAAUAAUGGCUUUCUUUCUGUCUGUCGUAACCAAAGCUUCACACCGACACAAUCAUCAUGCUUUUUCUUAGUGAAAUAACGCAGUCUCGUCCACAAUCAUACAGUGUCCGUAGAAAUUAUCGGUAUGCCAGGGUUACACCAUCAUC